AUGUCGCAUAUGCGCACAUUGGAAAAUAAUUGUAAGGAAGCUUUAGAAUGUGAUCAUAUCUUCGAUUCAUCUACUAUGGAAGGUGAAUUUGAAUUACCGAUGUUACCACCUUCAGCUACCAUUACCGAACAAAUUUUACGACCGGAGGGUCAAAAAAAUUUGCAAUGUAUAUACACGUUUGUUGCGGCUCCAAGACAACGAGUAAAACUAAAUUUCGAUCAAUUUCAUUUAGCCGGAACUACUGGCAAUUGUGAAACUGAAUAUGUGGAUAUAUAUUCGGAAUUGGAAGAACCUGAUGAUGAUUUGCUUACUGCUGCAUUUGGUGGACGCUAUUGUGGUAGUGUGUCACCGUACGUUAGAAUUAGUUUAAAUCGUGUUAUUGUAUUAGUAUUUCAUUCAAGAGCUGUGACAAAUCAACGAAAUAUACGAAAAUUUCGUGGUCAUUAUGCAUUCAUAUCUGAUGCACCUUAUCAGGUUGGCAAAAAAGUACCACCAGGUAAAUGUAAUUUUGUGAUCGAUUCAAAAUUUAAAAAACGUGGAUCUAUACUUUCGCCUACUUAUCCAGGAACAUAUCCUAAAAAUUUUCGUUGUACUUAUUUGCUCAAUGGUAAAACGGGUCAACGUAUUCGUCUACAUUUUCGUGAUUUUGAUAUUUAUUUUGGUGGAGAACAGUAA